AUGAAUGCUCCAUCAGCAUUCGAAUCAUUUUUGCUUCUUGAUGAGAAGAAAAUCGAAAUUGAAAAAGACACCAAGGUUCCGAAUGCCGCGAUCUUCACAUUGAACAAAGAGGAUCACACACUCGGAAACAUGCUUAAAAACCAGCUUUUGCGCGAUCCAAACGUGUUGUUCGCUGGCUAUAAAAAUCCUCAUCCACUGGAGCACAAGGCAAUUUUUCUUAUCAACUAUUAA